CUGCUCUUGCUAAGCACCACCAGCCAUCCCACAGAAUGACGAGACCUGUGGUGUUGUGUCUGAUUGUCCUGCACCUCACGGCCAGUGUCAGAGGCAUGACUCGUGAGCAUUACAUUGCCAUCAAGGAGAUUGAAUGGAACUACGCCCCAUCCAACAAGAAUGUCAUCACAGGCACAACCGUGGAAGCGGAUCCGCAUGCUUCGAUAUACCUGAAGCGGGGGCCGACUAGGAUAGGAGGCGUGUAUAAGAAGGCAGUGUUUUUGGAGUACACAGAUGGGAGCUACAACAAAUAUGUCCCGAAGGCUAAUUGGCUGGGGUUUCUGGGACCUGUCUUGAAGGCAGAGCAAGGGGACAAAAUGAUCAUCCACCUGAAGAAUUUUGCAUCUAGAUGUUAUUCAAUUCACCCGCAUGGCUUAACCUACCUCAAAGCCAAAGAAGGGGCAUUGUAUCCUGAUAACUCCACCGAUGUGGAGAAGCUGGAUGACUGUGUGCAACCUGGAUCCAACUUCAGCUACAUCUGGUGCCUGACUGAGGACCAUGCACCAACAAUUGCUGAAACGGACUGUGUGACCAGAAUCUAUCACUCCCACACUCAUGCAACCAAGGAUAUUUCAACAGGUCUGAUAGGACCAUUGUUGAUAUGUAAAAAAGGAACUCUCACUGGCAAACUGAAGGCUAGCAAGAAAGAGGUGGACGAGGAGUUUGCAUUAAUGUUUUCGGUGGUGGAUGAGAAUAACAGCUGGUAUCUGGACCAGAAUAUUAAAAAAUUCUGCACCACACCCAGCAAAGUGAACAGAGACGAUGAAGAUUUUCAAGAAAGUAACAAAAUGCACUCCAUUAACGGCUAUGUUUAUGGGAAUCUGCCCGGCCUGUCCAUGUUCAUGGGAGACAAGGUGAUGUGGCACCUGUUUGGGAUGGGCAAUGAGGUGGACAUCCACUCCGCUUAUUUCCACGGAAACAUGCUGAUCGAGAAACAUCACCACGCCGACACGUUCAGCCUGUUCUCCGCCUCCUUCAUCACCGCGGUGAUGGUGCCCACAAAGAAAGGAAAAUGGCUGCUAAGCUGUCAGGUCAACGACCACUUAGAAGCUGGUAUGCAGGCUCUAUUUGAGGUAAAAGACGAUGGCACACAACACAAAAGGCCAACAUUCUCACAGAAGGAGAGGCACUACUACAUCGCUGCAGAGGAGAUCAUCUGGGACUAUGGUCCAACGGGCAGAGACCAGUUCACAGAAAAGCCUUUAGAUUAUAAUGACAGCGAUUCUGCCGUAUAUUUUCAACAAGGAGAAAAGAGGAUCGGAGGGAGGUACAAAAAGGUUGUUUACCAAGAAUACACGGACGAUAUGUUUACACGGCAGAAGGAGAGGAGCCCAGAGCAGCAGCAUCUUGGGCUACUUGGGCCUGUCAUUAAAGCCGAAGUUGGAGAUCGAGUCAAAGUGACAUUUUGGAACAACGCAAGUCACAGCUACAGUAUCCAGGCCCACGGGGUCGCUUACGAGAAAUCUUCUGAGGGAGCAAAAUAUCCCACAGACACGGGUCCUGCGUCUAUGUCGCCUCGCUCCCCCCUAGUCCCGCCCGGUCAAACAUUUGUUUAUGAGUGGAGAAUCCCGGAGGAUUAUGGUCCAAGCAGGAGUGAGGGAGACUGCCUGACCUGGCUGUACUUCUCAGCUGUGGAUCCGGUGAAGGAUACCAACUCCGGCCUGGUCGGGCCACUCCUUAUCUGCAAACCCAACACGCUGGACAAAAAAGGAAAGCAGAAAAACGUGGAUAAGGAGAUGUACAUGUUGGUGACGGUAUUUGAUGAAAACCAGAGCUGGUACCUGGAAGAGAACAUCCAGAUGUUCACAGGCAGGCCCAGGGCAGUGGAUAAAGAGGAUGAAGAUUUCCAAGAGUCCAAUAAAAUGCAUGCGAUAAACGGCUACCUGUUUGGGAACCAACCUGGCCUGAAGAUGUGCAAGGGAGACCUUGUGUCGUGGCACAUGUUUGGCAUUGGCUCGGAGGUCGAUAUCCACGGCAUUUAUUUUAAUGGCAACACUUUCCUCAGCAAGGAGACCCGGAGAGACACCGUCAACAUCUUCCCCCACAUCUCGCUCACUGCGAUAAUGCAGCCGGACAGCACAGGUGUCUUUGAUGUUGCGUGUCAGACGACUGAUCACUUCCAGGGAGGAAUGAAGCAGCACUACACAGUGGACAAAUGCUCGUUUUGGUCCGGCUUUCCGACCUUCACUUGGCACACCAAGACUUAUUACAUUGCAGCUGUGGAAAUCGAAUGGGAUUAUUCACCGUCAAGAACAUGGGAGCUGGAGAUGUACCACAGCAGCGAGGAAAGUCCGGGGACGAUUUAUGUUGUCAGAGGCAAUACCACUAUUGGCUCGAGGUAUAAGAAAGUGGUGUAUCGAGAAUACACAGACCAGACAUUCACCAAACAGAAGAUACGACCUGCAGGAGAAGAACAUCUAGAAAUUCAAGGCCCUCUGCUUCAUGCAAAAGUCUCGGACAGAAUUAAAAUUGUAUUUAAAAACCUGGCCACAAGGCCCUACUCCAUUCAUGCCAAUGGAGUGAAGACAAACAGUCAGGAGGUCAAACCCACUCUGCCAGGCUCGACAGAAACCUACAUUUGGGAGAUUCCUGAACGCUCUGGGCCUAGUCCUGGGGAUUCAUGCUGCAUCUCAUGGGCUUAUUACUCGCAGGUGGAUCAAGUGAAGGAUUUGUUCAGUGGUCUGAUCGGAACUCUGGUCAUCUGUCGGAAGAGCUUCUUGGGUCUGAGUAAAACCCACGACCUGCGGGAGUUUGCUCUCCUCUUCAUGGUUUUCGAUGAGAACGAGUCCUGGUACCUGGAUCACAAUAUCCAGACUUACUGCGGCCAGCCGCGCCUAGUCAACACCGAGGACGAGGAUUUUAUAGAGAGCAACAAAAUGCACGCUAUAAAUGGGAAAUUGUAUGGAAACUUGCAUGGAUUGGAAAUGGUUGAAGGCGAGCGGGCGUUUUGGUAUCUGAUAGGAAUGGGUAACGAAGUGGACAUACAUACUGCCCAUUUCCAUGGGCACAGCUUUGAUUACAAGAUGAAAGAAACCUACCGUGGAGAUGUGUUUGAUCUCUUUCCCGGAACCUUCCAGACCUUGGAAAUGUAUCCGCAACAUAUCGGCACGUGGCUUUUGCACUGUCAUGUCGUAGACCACAUAGAGGGUGGCAUGGAGACAACCUACACUGUCCACAAGAAACCAGAAAAAAAAGGUAUCUUUCAUGGAAUCAAGACUUUAUUCGGAUCUUCUGGUUAACAGCCACCAUUGGCCGCUGAAAACAUUGAGCGACAGCUAGUUACACUUAAAGACAAACAUGUCCUUCAGAUUCGAUCAUUGCAACUGUUUUGCAGAGGCUGUUGGGCAGGUAACACAUGAUAAUGACUCAAUAGAUAAACAAAAAGAAUGAACUCGCUUGUCUACUUGGCAAUAAAUUUAUAAUUGUGAGUCAAGUCUCAGUUCUGUAAAAAAAAUUAAAUAUUUAAUAAGCACA